AUGCCGUCGUCCCAGGCCAAGUCCACCAGCGUGUUCCACGCCCUUGGCUCUUACGCCGACCGUAUCAAGGAGCAGGGCAACAGCAAGUCGUUGUCCAGCUCGGCUGCUACCGCCUCUGGCACCACCUCGCCCUCGGGCUCGAGCUCAAUAUCGCCUUCCCCCACUCCCGGCUCGGCCAAGCCAGCCGCUCCGGCAGUGGUCGAGGAUGACGGCCCCUGGGAGACUGUCCGAACAAGCCGCAAGUCGCGCCCCACUGAGCGUGCUAUCGUUGCCGAUGAGAAGCGUGGUAGCAACUCGCGCAACUGGCGCGAACGUGAGGAAAAACCUGAGGCAGCCAAGAAGGAGACCACCACUGCCGACGACGACCGCAGAUCUGCAAGCCAAGUUGCCAAAAAGGAGACGCCCACGCCCGAGACACCAGCUAGCAAGGCGCAGACCACUACCUCGUCGUCCGCUACAGCUACGCCGCCCAAACCCGUUUGGGGCAGCGCUACCCCGGGUCUGACGCCAACGUCAGCCCCCGCGACUGUGUUGGAGACCCCAUUAAGUGCCCGUGACCCUGCGUCGCCUUCUGCCGACGCUGGUGCCUCAGCCCAGCUUUCCUCGGAGCCUGCCUCGGUGACUGUCGAAGAGACCAAGGUCGCCAAGGCUCCUGUCUCUGGCGAGACCAGCUGGCGUGCCGAGACCAAGGCUGCUGACGCGGCCCCGGUCCCCGUCGUUGCUCCGGCACCCACACCGGCACCUGCUCCCAAACCCAAGGUUGCUCCCCCUCCGGCCGUCAACGCUUGGGACUUGAGGAAGAAGCAGAUGGCUGUUCCUGCGGCCAAGGCCCCCGUACCCGCGCUUCAGUCUGGAAGUGUCGCCGCUGAGCCUGAAGCCAGCACGUCGGAGGUCAAGGUUGGCAAGAAGCAGAAGAAGAAGGCCGCUGCCGCCGCCGCGGGCGAGAACGCACCCGCACCCGUGACAGACACGAGCCUCUGGCCGGACAUCAACACCGCCGUCGAGACUGUCAAGACCGAGGACAAACGGACCAAACAGCAGGAGAAGAAGGACGCCGAGUCUCCCGUCGUUGUCGAGGAGCAGCCUGCGGUCCCAGGCAAAAAGCAAAAGUGGAAAGCUAUUCCCGCAGAGGAGCUGCAGGAAGCGGCCGACAAGGCGGCCGAGAGCAGCAGGCGCCAGACUACCAAGGCCAACAAGCAGCGUGCAAAGGACUCGGAGGGUGGCGACACCAAGGGUUCCCGGGCAAAGAAGGGUGCCAACGGCACGGAAUCCUCGAAGAAGGCGGCGGCGCGUGCCCGUUCAAGUUCGCAGACCUCUGACAUUCAUCUCCCUGCCAACCCCGAGGGCCAGCGUGGAGCGAACGGCACCCGGUUUGGCACGGCCGGAGCAUCAUCGGACCUCGCUGAGUUGGAGCGUGGUGUCAACGGCGACGCCGCUGCCAACGGCUCGUUGAGUGCCCCCAUGUCAAGGCAACACAGCCAACAAUCCAAGCAGCGCGUAUCGCCCUCCGGCUCGUCUGUACCCCUCUCUCCUGAGCAGGGUAGCCGCGAAUUCGACGGUGCCCGUGGGUCGUCUGCGUCCCCUCAGCAGGCGUUCAACACGUCUGCCAGCCUUCCCAGGCCGCCCCGCCAGCGCGAGCGCGAUGCCCGUGGCGGAUACACCGCUCGCGGUCGCGGCGGUUUCAACCGCCAAACGUCCGGCCAGCGUAUGAUGUACCCCGAGCUUUCGCCUCUUGGUACCAACGCCGAGCUUGCCAACCUCUACUCGCGCGGCUACGGCCUUGGCUACCCCGUUUAUCCUGUCCCCCCCGCUGGCUACGCCGUUGCUGGCUACGACGCCUCCGCGUCCACGUACGGUGGCGUCCCCGUCUUCCCCCGUCCCAACAUGCCCCCACCUCCUCAGCCGGUCUCGCAGGUUGCAAACCUCGAUGCCCUGCGGUACUACGUCCUGGGCCAGGUCGAGUACUACUUCUCCAUGCAGAACCUCGCCAUGGACUUCUUCUUGCGGCAGCAGAUGGAUUCCGAGGGCUGGAUUGAGGUUCCCAUGAUUGCCUCGUUCAACCGCAUCAAGUCCCUCACCCCGGACGUCUCCAUUGUCCGUGAGGUCAUGGAGGUCAGUACGCUCCUCGAGGUCAAGGACGACAUGGUGCGCCUUGCCAGCGGCGAGUCCAAGCGCUGGGUCUUGCCAGACGCCAAGCCUUGCAAGUUUGGCCCCACCCCCAUCUCCAGCUCGGGUUCGCCCAAGAAGUAUACCGGCGAGUCGGCGGCUGAGAUUUCGCACGGUAUUCCUCUGUCCGUCGAGACUGCCUCGGCCCUCGGGAUCGAGGACCUCAUGCCAGCGAUCCCCGGGCCCAAGUUUGACGUGGAGAUUGCGCUCAUGCGCAACGCGGGCGGUAACGCCAGCUCCAGCGCCAGCGUCCUCAACAGCGACGAGGGCAAGACCAUGACGCCUGCGACAAGCAUUGCCGGCGACACCACCAAAAGUGACGAUGGCGAGGAGGCUGCCAAGCAGCAGCAGUGA